AAAAUUUUUCGGUUCCAGAAACUCAAGUAACAUUAAGCGGAUUGGGUGCUGAAUAUAAUAAAACUGGUCUGGUGGAGGAAACCUGUGGUAUAGACAACUCUGCACUCGAUGAUGUUCAAGAAGGACCAUCCUUUAUUGAAACGUACCCAUGGUUUGGGGUUAUUGUGUUUCCACUUGAGGGUUUAAUAACAUCAUCUCCGGUAGUGUUGAUAACAAAACAAUUGGUUAUCGGCGCGGCUAUCGAAAUAGCAAAUCUACCCAAAGUCGAUUUCAGGGCUAGAACUAAAGUGAUACUCGGUACGAACUGCAAAGGACGUAGGCACAGCGUAGUAGAAUAUUCCUAUCAUCCGGACUUCCAGAAAAAUACAUACAGUUCACUCGUUUUGAUUCAAAUACAGCCGGACUUCGAAGUAGAGCUUCGGCCUAUUUGCGGACCUCCGAGUAUGAUAAAUAAGCCAGAUUUCUAUGCAGUUUCUCUUGCAGAAGAUUGCAUGUCGUCAGCAGUAGAAAUUUACAAAAUGUCAUAUGUUGAUACUAAAGAAUGCAGAUCGUAUUAUCGCAGAACUGGAUUAAAUGUCAAAAGUAUUUGGCCGAAGUACACUGUGUGUGCCAAAGCGCAUCGCGGGGGGGAGUGUCUUUGGCAGAGCGGAGUGUUCCUCGUCACCAAACAUGAAAAAAGAUGGAAGUUGAUUGGAUUCGGUGUCUACGGACCAGGGUGUUCGUCUCCCGCUAGGUUUUUAGACUACGGCAUGUAUCAGCAGUGGGUACGCAACAACAUACAGAGGAUCGGUCGACCUGCUAUUACCAGACUGGCUGGCAACCAUAUCGUUAUGAGAAGACGUUUAACAACAGUGCAAAGAUUUGGGCCGUGUGAUCCAGAAGAAACGAAAGUUGAAAUCUACACCGACCACUCCUCAAUACAACCUGUGAGCGCAAAACCUCGUAACGCCUACUAUAAUUUCACAAUCCUGGCUGGAUACGAGUAUUCAUGUAUCGUAUUUCGAGCCAACCAAGAUAUUGGAGAAGAACCAACGAUUCAUUUGAAAAGGAUGUGCAUAGCUAAACAUAUAGCUUGUUACCAAUUUACAACAUUGCAAAUCGAUUUCGAAGUUACCAUUGGUUACUUCGAUAAAGUUGAAUAUCAUAUUAAUGUAUAUGGAAUUGAACUGAAGCUAUUAGAUGCAAAGCGCAUGAAUGUACUCUCGAAUGCUAGACAUUAUCAUCCACCUAUAGAUAAAACGUAUACACCUUACAUUUACUCUGGAUGGGGUAUUGGAUAAAGCAGGAUAAGAUUUUAGAUAGAGAAAGAGAUGAUGACGCUAGCAAGAUUGUCUUUUGUUUCCUUCUCACUCUCCCUUUGAAUAUUUUGUUCUAUUUUUAAAUCAUUUAUGGAAGGUAUCAA